AGAAAAUAAAUUUUUGAUGUUAGAUGUUCAAUAUCUUGAUAAGGUUCUUCCAGUUGCUUAAAUGUAGUCAAAAUUGAUCAUCAUUUUAGAGUGGGUUCGAGUGAGCCAUAAGUUAAUAAAUUAUUUAAUGAAAUGAGAUUGAGUGCCUAUUCAAAUAGAUCAGGGAUAACAACCAAAUUAAAUUCAAAUCCGAGAAUUAGAAUUAAAACAUAAGAAUAAGCUUUGUCUAUUCCUGAAAAUUCAAAUUCAUACACCUAUUAUAGAUAGAAUUCUUAACGAUAAAAAUAAUAUGUAGGGCCAGGUUCUUAUGAGGUUUAACAUCCAGCUCAUCUAUUAUAAAAUCGCCCUCGUAUCAGUUUUACUAAAGGAUAAAGAAAAUAGUUAUAAUAAUUCCAAAAUCCAGGACCUGGUCAAUAUAAUAUUCUAUAAAACAUGUAAUAAAAAACAUUUGUUUUCAAUUCAAGACAUAACAGUGAAUAAUAACAAUAAUAACCAGGUCCUGGUACUUAUGAUUUAAAUCAAAAAUCUUGUAGAAGCAUUUCAUUUGGAACUUCAAGAAAAUUAUCAUAAAAUGAUUCUAAAUUUAUAACUCCAGGUCCUGGGGCAUAUAAAAUUGAUCAAAAAGUAGAAAGAAAAAAAAUAGAUAGGAUAGAAAGACUUUUUAAACCUAAACUUAUGGUCAGAUCUUAUUACAAUAGAAAAGAAGAUAAAUAUAUUUAAGAAUUAAUGAAAUAAUAAUUAGAAAAAGAAAAAGAGGUCAAUAAUUUAAGACCUAAAUCAGCGAUGCAAAUUAAAUAAUAGGUCAGAAGAAAAAAUAUGGAAAGAAUUAGAAAGAGUGUUCAUGAUAAACUUAAUCUUCCUGGCCCUGGUAGCUAUGAAAUUAAAGAUUUUAUUUAAGUUGAUCAUGUUGAUAAAAAAAAUGGAAAAAAAUUAAAAUAAAAUUUAGAAGAUAAAUCAAAACUUAAUGAUUCAUUAGGACCUGGUAGCUAUGAUAUUAAAGAUUUUCUUUAUUAAUCUGAAUAUAUUAAAAAAAGUAAUAUUAAUACCAGCUUUGGCAAAUCCAGAAGAUUUUAAGUUGAAAAACAUGCUGAAUUAGGACCUGGAAGUUAUCAAGUAGAAGAUGACUAACAUUGA